AUGAAUACUCAAUUUGUUGUAGGAGAAUCAUCAACUACUUCUUCCAACUUCUCUUAUGAUGUGUUUCUGAGUUUCAGAGGUGAAGAUACUCGAAAAACCUUCACAGGUCAUCUUUAUUCUAGAUUAUGUCAAGUCAGAAUUAAUACCUUCAUAGAUGACGAGGAAUUAAGAAAAGGUAAGGUGAUUUCAACAGAACUUGAGAAAGCAAUUGAAGAAUCUAGAGUUUCCAUUGUUGUUUUCUCGAAAAAUUAUGCUUCGUUUAGUUGGUGUCUUGAUGAACUUGUUAAAAUUCUUGAAUGCAAAGAGAAGUUAAAGCAAAUAGUUUUGACUAUUUUCUAUGAUGUUCAUCCUUUUCAUGUACGCAAGCAAACCGGAUGCUUUGGUGAAGCUUUGGCUAUGCUUAAGGAACGAUCAUUCGAGGUUGAGAGAAUGAAAAAAUGGACGGAUUCACUUACUGAAACUGCAAAUUUAUCUGGAUGGGAUUUGCAAAUACAUGAAUCAAAAUUUAUUGAAAGUAUUGUAAAACAAGUUCUACAAGAGGUAAACCAGACACCUCUAGAUGUUUCUUGGCACCCUGUUGGAGUAGAUUCUCGUGUCGAAGAUAUAGAGUUGUUACUCCAAAAGGAAGUGCAGAUGAAGUUCGUAUGGUUGGUAUAUAUGGGCGUAGGUGGAAUAGGGAAAACAACUCUGGCUAAAGCUAUCUACAAUCAAAUAUUUCGACAAUUUGAUAGUAGUUGCUUCCUUUCAGAUGUUAGAUUAGAAGCUGAAGCAUUUGGUCAAGUCACGUUACAAGAAAAACUACUAAAUCAAGUUCUCAAAACUAAGGACGUCAAAGGUUCCGAAAAAGUAGAAGUACUGGUGGUAGAUCCAGGGGAAUUAAAAGGCGCGAACCUGAGCACCAAGACAUUUAAGAAAAUGAAAAAUUUGAGGGUGCUUAAAAUCGAUGAGUUACAUAUUCCGGGAAUCUGUCUAAGGUGGUUACUUGCCUUUUUCUUUAAGCAUCAAUUUGUGCUCUGUGUUGCUAAGCUGUACUAA